UGGAGGGAUAAAUUUGCAAGCGAAAAUGGCUGCGCGUUGCAAGGAGAGGAGCUGCAGGUCAGUGGUACUGCCUGUUCUUGCCGUCGUCUUGGUGGCGCUGCCGUUCACGGCGGCGGCGCCGACGGCCUCGGGCGCUGUCUUUGAUGCGUCGGUGUCCGUGCAGCUCGAGGCGUUGCUGGAGUUCAAGAAGGGCGUCACCGACGAUCCGCUCGGGGUGCUGGCUGGAUGGGCGGCGGGGAAGGCCGGUGACGUCCGCGGCGGCGCGCUGCCGCGGCAUUGCAACUGGACCGGCGUCGCCUGCGACGGCGCCGGCCAUAUCACGUCCAUCCAGCUGAUGGAGUCCAAGCUCCGGGGCACGCUCACGCCGUUCGUCGGCAACAUCUCGACGCUGCAGAUCCUCGACCUGACGUCGAACGGGUUCGCCGGCGCCAUCCCGCGGCAGCUCGGCCGCCUCGGCGAGCUCGAACAGCUGGUCGUUUCUUCGAACUACUUCACCGGCGGCAUCCCGAGCAGCCUCUGCAAUUGCUCGGCGAUGCUGGCUCUCGCCCUGAACGUCAACAACCUCACCGGUGCAAUCCCUUCCUGCAUUGGUGAUCUGUCCAAGCUCGAGAUAUUCGAAGCCUACAUGAACAAUCUCGACGGCGAGUUGCCGCCAUCUUUCAUGAAGCUCACAGGUCUCAUGGUUGUCGACCUCAGCAUCAACCAGCUCUCCGGUUCGAUCUCGCCGGAGAUCGGCAACUUGUCCAACCUUGAGAUUCUUCAGCUGUACGAGAACCGGUUCUCCGGCGCCGUCCCGCGGGAGCUCGGCCGGUGCAAGAACCUGACCUUGCUCAACAUAUACAGCAACAGGUUCACCGGCGAGAUCCCCGGGGAGCUCGGUGAGCUCACGAACCUGGUGGCGCUGCGUUUGUACAAGAACGCACUCACGGCGGAGAUCCCCCGGUCACUCCGGCGUUGCACGUCGCUGUUGAAUCUCGACCUGUCAAUGAACCAGCUCACCGGCUCCAUCCCGCCGGAGCUCGGCGAGCUCCGGUCGCUUCAGAGAUUGUCGAUCCAUGCCAACCAGCUCGCCGGAACUGUCCCGGCGUCCCUGACGAAUCUCGUCAACCUAACCAUCCUGGAGCUGAGCUACAACCUCCUAUCCGGUCCGCUUCCGGCGAACAUCGGGUCCCUCCGGAAUCUCCAGAAGUUGGUCAUCCAGGGCAACUCGCUCUCCGGGCAAAUUCCGGCGAGCAUCUCCAACUGCACGCUGCUGUCCAACGCGAGCAUGAGCUUCAACAUGUUCUCCGGGCCAUUGCCGGCGGGGCUUGGCCGGCUACAGGGCCUCGUGUUCUUGUCGCUCGGCAGCAACUCCUUGUCCGGCGACAUACCCGAUGAUCUGUUCGACUGCGGCAACCUCAAGAAGCUGAGCCUGGCGUUCAACAACUUCACCGGCGGCCUGAGCCGCCGCGUCGGCCAUCUCGCUAACCUCACGUUGCUCCAGCUGCAGGGGAACGCUCUGUCUGGGACGAUACCGGAGGAGAUCGGCAACCUGACGAACCUCAUCGGCUUGGAGCUCCGCAUGAAUCAGUUCGCCGGACACGUCCCGGCGAGCAUCUCCAGCAUGUCCUCACUCCAGGUUCUCGAUCUGGGGCAGAAUCACCUCGAAGGCGUCUUCCCCGAGGAGGUAUUCGAGCUUCGGCAGCUCACCCUCCUCGACGCCUCGUCGAACAGAUUCGCCGGCCCCAUCCCCGACGCCGUCGCCAACCUCCGGUCGCUCUCCCUCCUGAACCUGUCGAGCAACAUGCUGAACGGCGCGGUGCCCGCCGCGCUGGGCAGGCUCGACCAGCUCCUCACGCUGGACCUCUCGCACAACCGCCUCGCCGGCGCCAUCCCCGGCGCGGUGAUCGCGAGCAUGAGCAACGUGCAGAUGUACCUCAACCUGUCGAACAACCUGUUCACGGGCCCGAUCCCUCCGGAGAUCGGCGGCCUCGUGAUGGUGCAGGCCAUCGACCUAUCGAACAACCAGCUGUCCGGCGGCGUCCCGGCGAGGCUCGCCGGAUGCAAGAACCUCUACUCCCUCGACCUCUCUCACAACAACCUCACCGGAUCACUGCCGGCGCAACUCUUCCCCCAGCUCGACCUGCUGACGAGUCUGAACAUCUCCGGCAACGAUCUCGACGGAGAGAUCCCCGCCAACAUCGCCGCCCUGAAGCACUUACAAACGCUGGACGUGUCGAGGAACGCGUUCGCCGGCGCCAUCCCGCUGGCGCUGGCGAACCUGACGACGCUCCGGUCUCUCAACCUGUCGUCGAACCACUUCGAGGGUCCCGUCCCGGACGCCGGUUUGUUCCGGAACCUGACCAUGUCGAGCCUUCAGGGGAAUGCCGGCCUCUGCGGCGGGAAGCUCCUCGCGCCAUGCCACGCCGGCGGGAAGCGGGCGUUCUCGCGGACAGGGCUCGUGAUCCUGAUCGUGCUGUUGGUGCUGUCGAUGCUGCUCCUCUUAAUGGUCGCCAUGAUACUGCUCGUUAUGUACCGCCGGCACAAGAGGAAGAGAGGAGGCAUUCGCAUGGCCCGCAGCUCGUCGGAAGCCGCCGUCGUCGUGCCGGAGUUGAGGAGGUUCAGCUACAGCGAGCUGGAUGCCGCCACCAACUCGUUCGACCAGGGCAGCGUCCUCGGGAGCAGCAACCUGAGCACGGUCUACAAGGGCGUGCUCGCCGAGCCCGACGGCCGGAAGGUCGUCGCCGUGAAGCGGCUCAACCUGGAGCAGUUCCCGUCCAAGUCCGACAAGUGCUUCCUCACCGAGCUCGCCACGCUGAGCCGGCUGAGGCACAAGAACCUGGUUCGCGUGGUCGGGUACGCGUGGGAGGCCGGCAAGAUCAAGGCCCUGGUCCUCGAGUACAUGGACAACGGCGACCUGGACGGCGCGAUUCACCGGCGAGCCGCUGACGGCGUCGCGCCGCCGCGGUGGACGGUCCGGGAGCGGCUGCGCGUGUGCGUCUCGGUGGCGCACGGGCUGGUGUACCUGCACUCCGGGUACGACUUCCCCGUCGUGCACUGUGACGUGAAGCCGUCGAACGUCCUGCUCGACGGCGACUGGGAGGCGCACGUGAGCGACUUCGGCACGGCGCGCAUGCUGGGCGUCCAUCUGGCCGCCGCCGACGCGGUGGCGCAGUCGACGGCGUCGUCGUCGGCGUUCUGUGGCACCGUCGGGUACAUGGCUCCAGAGUUCGCGUACAUGAGGACGGUGUCGACGAAGGCGGACGUGUUCAGCUUCGGCGUCCUGAUGAUGGAGCUCUUCACGAGGCGACGGCCGACGGGGACGAUCGAGGAGGACGGCGUGCCGCUGACGCUGCAGCAGCUCGUCGACAACGCGGUCUCGAGGGGCCUCGACGGCGUCCACGCCGUCCUCGACCCUGGCACGAAGGUGGCCGCCGAGGCCGACCUGUCCACGGCGGCGGACGUGCUCACCCUGGCCCUGUCCUGCGCCGCGUUCGAGCCGGCUGACCGGCCUGACAUGGACGCCGUGCUCUCGUCGCUGCUCAAGAUGAGCAAGCUCCUCGGAGAAGACUGAA